UGGCGAGGCCAUCAUGAAAAUAGAGUAAGAAAGAGAAACGGUGAUAACGAUAUAGAUAACAGGAAUGUGUAAAUGUGUGGGCACAUAAAAAUUUUCCAGUUUUUCUUUAGGGUUCAAGGGAAAGUCUGUCGCCGCUUGCUGCUCAGGUAGAAACCAAGAUCUGUGAUCAGUAAAGAAAAUGCCUCGCUCGUGUUCAGAAGUUUUUCUGGGAUUGAUCAUGGUCCUGGGUUCGGUCCUGGCCCGUUCGCAUCUCAGCAGUCUGCAGGAACUGGAGCUGAGUUCGCUGCGCACCCACAAACAGCUAUUGCAGGCGGAGAUCGCCCGUCUUUUUUUGGAGCAACCUCCUCGAGCGGAAACCGAGCUUCUGCUGGACGAUCUUCAGCAAAGGGACCAUCAAAUAGGUCUUCAGAUAGAAAAGCUGGAGGGAAUCGCCAAGGGUGAGACCACCCAAAGGCUGGCCAUCAAUCUGACCGCUGACUUUGAGCACCUCCAGCACAAACUGGAUGAUUUGAAGCGCCAACUUGAGUUGCUAGAUGGACGGUUUGCCUCCCAAGGAAAACAACUGGAAGGACACUCGUCGGAAAUAGCACCGGCACCUGCCUCCGGAUUGGGCUCCUUCCUAUGGGGACCCCUGCUGACCAUGCCGGAGUUUGCACAGGGAAGUGUGGCCAGUGACCAGCAACAUAACCACAACUACAACCUUCAUCAGAAGGAUCACCAGCAGGAGCAGCAGCCGGGAUCCAGUCCCUCCAUCAUCAAAAGGGUGCUGGACAUGCUUAGACCAUCUGUGGGAGUAGCUGGACUACGGAGCCGAUGGGCUGAAUCGGAUAAAUCAGCUGGAACAGGAUUGCAAACGGCUAAGCCUGCCCGCCCACUCAGCGCCGAGGAGCUCCUCUCACAGCUGAAGGAGCAGCGAAGGUUCUUGGACGAUGCCAUCACGCGUUUGGAGCGCCUGGCGGUCAAGAAGGGCUCGAAAAAAAAAUAAAAUCGCUAAGGGCAAUUAUUUUGACAAAUAUUGAUGGAUGGGAAAGAACUGCAUAAUUACCACCGAUGGUUACCUGACCACAACAAAGCGGAUCUUAGCGACAGGCCCCGAUCGAUUGAUUCAUCCGACCUACUUCAAUGUCAAUACAACUCAGCAGAACACGAAACCCAACCUUGCUACGUCAUCAAGAAAAGCCAGACGUCGGUUCUGAUAUGGUUAUAAUGUCCACACGCCCCUAUCUCAAAUGACUGACUUUAUGAUGUAUGCAUAAUUUGGUAUCGCCGGUAUAUCAUAUCGCUGAUAUGGCCCAUGACAGAGCUUCGAUGAUGGUGCCUUUUACGGAAGAAACGGAAACUAAUCGGGAAUCAAACAUUUUCGGCCAGACAACAAUAAGAAAAGCAAGUCAUCUGAAAUUCACAUACAGUGGGAGGAAAAAAUACAUUGCUUUCGAAAGUAGAAGGUGAAUCAUCAACCGCAGAUGGAUUUUCCCGGGUUCCUAAACGUUUUCGAGAUGCUGUUUUGUGCAGCAGACGCACAUCAUUGUUUAUCUGCGAGUAAUUCGUCGUCACUCA